AUAAAUCUACACAGAUAGGGACAAACAAUCAUUUUUCGGCUGCAGAUUCCUCAAAGAAAUACGGCCAAGAGAUCCUCCACCACUCCUAGUUUGACUUUUAAGAUUCAGUUGCGUCUGAGCUGUGAUAAUGUUCUUGUCACAAGAAACCAUAGAAAAAAGACAAGAGAGGAGAAAACCCUCUGUUUUUUGAUUGGAUUCAAGCCAAGAAAGAAGAAAAACAAAGGAUUAAAGAGUAGAGGAACAGAGAGCUAGUGAGUAAAAUGAGUGUUACCCAGUUGCAGUGUCCGCCGUAUGCGUUCUCGGGGAAAUAUUAUCAUGUCUCUGAUGAUGGGAGGUGCACAAGGCAGGACAGUUUCUUUCAAGGCAGGGCAGUGCUCAGUCAAGGUGUUGGCUACUCUGUUAUUCUUGGCUUUGGGGUCUUCUUUGCUGUUUUCACUUCUUUCCUGGUAGGGCUGGAGAAGCGGUAUGUUGGUUCUCGCCACACUUCUGAAUGGUUUAACACAGCUGGCAGGAAUGUUAAAACAGGACUUAUUGCUAGUGUGAUUGUAUCUCAGUGGACAUGGGCUGCUACAAUUUUGCAAAGUUCCAAUGUUGCUUGGCAAUAUGGAGUUAGUGGGCCUUUUUGGUAUGCUAGUGGUGCAACCAUCCAGGUGCUUUUAUUUGGUGUAAUUGCUAUAGAGAUCAAGAGAAAAGCUCCUCAUGCUCAUACUGUUUGUGAAAUCGUAAAAGCACGUUGGGGUACCACAGCGCAUAUUGUCUUCCUUGCCUUCUGCUUUUUGACAAAUAUCAUUGUGACUGCCAUGCUACUUCUUGGUGGAUCAGCUGUUGUGAAUGCCCUUACUGGUGUGAACAUAUAUGCAGCUAGCUUUCUUAUACCUCUUGGUGUAAUUGUCUACACAUUAGCUGGAGGACUAAAAGCAACCUUCUUGGCUAGCUACAUACAUUCUGCUAUAGUGCACGUUGUUUUAGUCAUCUUUGUCUACCUAGUUUAUGCUGCAAGUAGUGAGCUUGGUAGUCCCCGUCUUGUAUACAACCGUCUGUUGGAGGUGGCAAGCAAAUCAAGAAUAUGUGCCGAACCAUUUUCUCAUAAUGGACAAUCUUGUGGUCCCAUUAGUGGAAACUACAAAGGGUCUUACCUAACAAUGCUGAGCUCGGGUGGGUUUGUUUUUGGAAUUAUAAACAUCGUAGGCAACUUUGGCACAGUUUUUGUUGAUAAUGGGUACUGGGUGAGUGCCAUAGCAGCAAGACCCUCAUCAACUCAUAAGGGCUACCUGUUGGGUGGGCUUGUUUGGUUCGCAGUGCCAUUCUCCUUGGCAACAUCGCUGGGUCUAGGGGCACUAGCCCUUGAUCUUCCAAUAACUGAAAGUGAGGCUAGCCAUGGGCUUGUUCCUCCUGCUACUGCCAUAGCUUUGAUGGGGAAGGGAGGAUCUAUACUUCUUCUUACUAUGCUCUUUAUGGCUGUGACGUCUGCUGGGUCGUCCGAGCUAAUCGCAGUUUCAUCAUUGUGCACAUAUGACAUAUAUCGCACUUACAUAAAUCCAAAUGCUAGAGGAAAACAAAUCUUGAAGGUAUCAAGGAUUGUUGUCCUAGGGUUUGGAUGUUUCAUGGGAUUGCUAGCUGUCAUACUGAACAAGGCGGGAGUGUCACUCGGGUGGAUGUAUCUUGCCAUGGGAGUUUUUAUUGGCUCAGCUGUUCUUCCCAUCGCUUUAAUGCUUCUGUGGAGGAAAGCAAAUGCCAUCGGUGCCAUUCUCGGGACACUCAUUGGCUGUUGUCUUGGGAUUACAACUUGGUUGUCAGUUGCAAAAAUUGAAUAUGGCAGGGUAAAUCUUGACACAACUGGUCGGGAUGCACCGAUGCUUGCAGGAAACCUUGUCUCCAUUCUUACCGGUGGAGUUGUCCAUGCAGUCUGUAGUAUUUUAUGGCCUCAAAACUAUGAUUGGGGUACCACUAAGCAGAUCACAAUGGUUGAAAAGGACCGGACGAAGUUGCCAUUAGAUGAGUUCAAGGAGGAAAAAUUAACUCAAGCAAGAGCAUGGAUAAUCAAAUGGGGUGUUAGUUUUACUGCUGUAAUUGUCAUAUUAUGGCCUAUUCUCACUCUCCCAGCAGGUGAAUUCAAUAUAGGGUACUUUACAUUCUGGGCUGUAAUUGCAAUAGCAUGGGGUACGAUUGGAUCUGCGGUGAUUAUAGCUUUGCCGUUGAUUGAAAGCUGGGAAACCAUCCAAAUAGUCUUUUUUGGCAUGUUUACAAAUGACAGGCUCAUGGAAAAGGUGGAGGAGAUGAAUUUCAAGCUCCAAACAAUAAUGUCGGCUAUUCCUGAAGCAGAGCAAAUUUAUUUGCUUGAAAAGGAGAAGGCAAAGAAAAAAGAAGUGUCUGAGGAAGAAGCUUAAUUGCAGCUGAAAGCUCGGUGUUUUGUUUGGUCUUGCAGAGCUUAUGAUGAUUCAAUAGAUCUACGCUUCUCUUGUACGUCCAUCGUCGCCAUUUUAUCAAGUGGCUUGUGUGGAUGAAUCCAGGUACAUGGAAACCUAAUAGAGAACCAGUUGAGUUAUCUGGAAAAAAAACAUAAAAUUGUCUGCUACUCUUUGAGCAUGACUAUUCCAUUUUCUUGUCCUCAUCAAUGUUUUGUGCUGACGCUUUCCUUGUCAAACUCUUUCCACUCUAUUCAUGGUGCUAGUAACUCUGCACCACUUGGUU